AUGGAGACCGUCCUUUUCCUUGGCGCAACGGGCGGAGUGACUAAUUCGAUCCUUGUCUCUGCCCUCCAGUCCGCCCCGUCCUCCACUCAUUGCGUCGCCCUCGUCCGAACGCCGCAAAAGCUGAGAGCCAUGCUCGAAGCUCAGAACUUGACCCAGCAACAGCUCUCACCAUCACGUCUCACCAUUCUCGCCGGCGACGCACUCGAUACCAAAAGCCUGCGGCAAGGAAUCCUUCAGCAGCCUCCCAACUCGACGUCACCAAGUCCACAACUUCCAGUCGCAAUCGUUACCGGUCUCGGCGGCCUCGGCCAGCUCACCUUCAACACCUGCGCACCGCUUGAGAUCAUCAAGCUCGAGAAUCCACAUAUCUGUACGGAGGGCGCUCAAGCCCUCGUCUCAACUUUGCGUGAGAUCUACUCUACCAUCUCCACAACCCAGAUGAAGCCUCGCCUCAUCUUCAUCUCCACCACAGGCGUCACCCGCGGCCCGGAAGACGUGCCGAUGGCGAUGCGGUUCAUGUACCACAAGUCUUUGGCAGUGCCGCAUAGGGAUAAGAAGGCUAUGGAGGAUGUCUUCCGAGCGGAGGUCGCGAACAAGAGCUGGAAUGUUGGACCUGGCAACCCGAACAAUGAUGGCGUCUUCAAGUCAGCGACUGGUAUUAGACCGACGCUGCUGUCAGGCGGAACCGGUGCAGAGGCGUUGGGAAGUGGGAAGGGUUGGGAGAAGGUCAAGGCUGGGACUGAGGCGAAGCCCCAGCUGGGCUAUAACAUCGCGAGGGUCGAUGUUGGGGAGUGGGUAUGGAUGCGGGUGUUGAGAAAGUUUCUGAGCAAUGGUGAGGAGAACGAGGAGGAGCUGAAAGGGCAGAAGUGGGAGGGCGAGAUGUGCAGUUUGACGACAUAG